UCAUUCCUGGUGAGGUUCUACCUUCUGUUUUUGCUAUCGCUAAUGGCUAACUCGCAGCCAGCCAAUCCGACAGAACGGCAGCUUGCGGCAGGCUGCAACGCAAUGACAUUCAUUUUGCGUUGCUCCCCUUGAUUCAUUUUGCAAAAAGCAAAACAAAACAAAAAAGAAAUCCGGGGUCAUCCCCCAUUAAUCGUGCGGCUGAAAUUGCAAGAAGGCUUGUCCAUGGUAAAUGAGGGGAGUUCCCGGAAGUAAAGGAGAGCAAGAUAGAAGCACCUGAACAUGUUCAGAGAUACUUCAGAAGCAGCUGGAUGGAUUUUGUAUUCGAGGAAAGUACCUGUCCAUGUUACCUCCCAGCCAGAUUGUCCCAGGGGACUUUAGAAUGAAGCAGCUUGGAGCUCUGAGUGUCUGGCUUUCGACAGGGCAGUGAUUUCUGGUCAACCAGCUACCCUUGGCAAGGAGCCAUUCUCUCUCUAUCUCUCUCUCUAUCUCUCUCUCUCUCUCUCUCUCUCUCUCUCUCUCUCUCUCUCUCUCUCUCUCUCUCUCUCUCUCUCUUGCUCUGUCUCUGUCUCUCCUUCCUUUCUUUUCUCUGUUGGAGGCUGAGAGGGAGAGAGCGAAGCUCUUCCAUCUUCGAGACGAAGGUCAGCGAUGGCGGGGGAGAAAGCCAAGCCCAAAGUGAUCGACGCCCAGAAGCUUGCCACCCUCUUGCGGAGUGGUGUCGGGGCGACGUUGGUGAUUGAUAGCCGCUCGUUCGUGGAGUACAACACCUCCCAUGUUCUGAACUCGGUGAACAUCUGCUGCUCCAAGCUGGUGAAGCGAAGGCUGCAGCAGGACAAGUUCUCCAUCGCUGAGCUCAUUCAGCCCUCUGGCAAGACGAAGAUUGAUGUGGAGGGCAAGCAGGAAGUGGUGCUUUACGAUCAGUGCACGCGAGACCCAGACAAGCUGACAUCGGACAGUUUCACCUCUGUACUCCUUGACAAACUGGAGAACUGCUUCCACUACGUCUCUCUUCUGGCAGGAGGAUUUGCUGCAUUUUCCUCCUGUUUCCCAGGCCUAUGUGAGGGCAAACCUACCGCUAUCCUGCCGAUGAGCAUCUCUCAGCCAUGUCUACCUGUCGCCAACAUCGGGCCUACUCGAAUUCUACCGCAUUUGUACUUGGGGUCACAGAAAGAUGUGCUAAAUAAGGACUUAAUGGUACAGAAUGGAAUCACAUACGUUCUGAAUGCCAGCAACUCUUGUCCCAAGCCUGACUUCAUCUCAGAGAGUCACUUCAUGCGCAUUCCAGUCAACGACAACUACUGUGAGAAACUUUUACCCUGGUUGGAUGAAUCUGUUGUCUUUAUAGACAAAGCAAAAGUCUCCAACUGUCGAGUACUUGUCCACUGUUUGGCUGGGAUCUCUCGAUCAGCUACUGUUGCCAUUGCUUACAUCAUGAAGACCAUGGGUCUCUCCUCAGAUGAUGCUUACAGGUUUGUCAAGGACCGGCGGCCAUCGAUCUCUCCCAACUUCAACUUCAUGGGCCAGCUGCUGGAGUACGAGAAGGGCCUGAAGCUGCUGAAGGCCCGCUCGCUGAAGCCUCAGGCCGACAGGCUGGAGGAGGACAUCGACAGAGAGGUGGCGGACGCCUGCAGGGGCAUCCUGGAGAGGACACGUCCUGGCUUCUGUGCGGCCGAGGCAACGGGGCCAGCGGCGGCGAGGGACGCGAGCCAGCAGUGCGGCGACGCCGACAGCGGCGCGGCCGACUGCAAGAUCGCCCCCCACGUCAGCCUGCAGCAGGGCCUCAACGGGCUGCACUUAUCCAGCGAGCGGAUUCAGGAUACCAACCGUCUCAAGCGCUCGUUUUCGCUGGACAUCAAGUCUUCCUACUCGCCGAGCGCCGGCUUCAACGCCAGCAAGACCGCCACGCCGAUCGACUCUGACGACAUCCCAAAGCUUUGCAGGCUCGAGGUCAAAGCGGCCAGCCCUGCCAGCGUCGAGCAUCCGCACUCUCCGAGCCUGGACAGCCCGGAUAAGGGCUCGGAGCCCGGCGCCGAAACCAAGGCUCGGCAGAGGCGCAAGCCAAAGCACGCGGGCGGCCUGGCCAACGCCUGCAACCCGGCGCCCCACCCCGUCAGCUCGAACGUGACCAGGACUGGCGCCCCGUGCCCCACCCGCAAGGCCGGCGACGCGGCGGAGGGUGGCCGGAGGCAGGCGCUGCUGCUCAGCGUGCCGAGCGCCCAGCCGCUGCCCCCGGGCGGCAGCGGCAGCGCCCUCAGCCGGUGGGCCAAGCACUCGGAACUGGCGCCCGCGCCCGCGCCGUGGUACUUGGGCGCGGACCCGCAGCCCGGGCACGUGGCCGGAAGCGCCGGGCUCUUCGGCUGCGAGCCGUACGGGGCGGUGCGGCUGCGCGAGAAGCAGCCCGAGGCCAGGGACACGAGGCGGAGCUGGCACGAGGACGGCGCCAUGGAGAAACAGUUCAAACGGCGGAGCUGCCAGAUGGAGUUCGAGGACGGCAUGUCGGAGAGCAGGUCCAGGGAAGACCUGGGAAAGAUCGGCAAGCAGUCCAGCUUUUCCGGCAGUAUGGAAAUCAUCGAGGUGUCGUGACACUUUCGGCGGUGGGCCGCUUUCACCGGGUGACAGGGAGGGACUGUGGUUAUUUAUGGGCGGAAGCCGCGGACUUGGUUUAAUUUGUUUUUGUGUGUGAGUGAGUGUAAAAGAGACGAGGCGCAGUGUAUCACUUCUGAUACUGCAAGUGGGCCGACACUUCACCUGAGACUUUGUCCCGAACGUUUUUAGAAGAGCUAAUUUAUUUUCUCCGCACACAUUCUGGCAAUGGUGAAAGAUGAGGGAACUGGCCCAGCCCAUUUUGAAGUUGGUGUUUAAGUACUUCAAGCAAUACUCGCAGAAAGUCUGGUUUUAUCUUAUUAAUUAUAUAUAUAUAUUUUUUCCCCUCCCCUGUUUAAUGUUUCCAUUGUCCUCGCAUCAAACCCUGGUCUGCUACCUGAGAAGGCCACUUAUUGCACUUUGCCCUUCCUUGUCAGUGACUGAGCCAGUUGAAAUGUAGACUGCUACAGUAAAGGCUGGAAAAGUACCUUCUGUAUGAGAUAAUCUGUAUGAACUGAUUGCGAAUGGAUGCAGACAUUAAUAUAAUGUAAAUAGUGGUGUAUCUAUUAUUAUGGCUGAUUUAAAUGUUUUUGAAUAGUUUAAUGAUAUCCUGGCUGCUUGAUGCAAAUACCUCAGGUUUGAAUAAACAUAAUAAUUAAAAAAAGGCUUUUUCUAACCCCCACCACCCCACCCCCUUGAUUAAAUACCACCCCCACCCACCCCCAGGCUGCAACAAUACGAAGGAAAAGGGGGGGAAACAAAAAAAUCGUCUCAGGUUUUUUAAACUGAUUUGUGGGGAUUCUCGGGCAAAGGAGGAAGUGACAGAUGUGCUUAAUUGUCGAGUGCCAGUCGCGCGUUGUCCACUGGUAGAAACUUACAAUAAUGGCACAGCAGCAUGUGCCAACAACCAUGUUUUAGAACAUCCAUGCUGGGGACCUCCGAGUAGCAGCGUUAUCCCUUUUUAUUUGAGAGCUGCAAUUUGUAUUUUCUUUUCCUCCCUGCCAUGUCACUUGUCCCCUAUCUAACUACCUUGGCGUCUGGACAGGAAAACAGCUUAUUGUAAACACAAACAAACAACGAACAGGUCAUUGCUGGUCUAGCCUGGCUGCAGGAGAAGCUGUUGGCUUUUACAGUGUGAUUUGCUCUCAGCCCAGCAACGUUAGUCAGAUGCCUGGUGACUGCACCACAGAUGAAUUGAAAUCUUUACUCCAAGGAAAGAACUAACUGUUUGUGAUCUUAUUUUUAAAUCUGGCUUCGCUGCAAGGAAAAAAAAACAAGAGUCAGAGUUAUUUAUAUUUUUUUGGGUUUGCUGUUCUGACAAGCCAACUAGCAGCGUUUUCAUUUUAAAUUUGCCUUCAAGAUGGUGGUAACAAUGACAAGGCUAGCAACUCUUGCUCAUUCUCAAGAACUGUUGGUUUUGAUAGAGCCGAGUGGCUUAUGAGACCCUUUCAGAGGCAAGUUGAGAACCAACUACGUUUUCUAGGAGGGACAGGAGGAGUUAGAAACUGGGUAAAGAAGGCAGGUUUCCUUCAAUUAAGGACUUCAUUGAACCAAUUAGAUUUACACGACAGCUGUCCAACCACUUUUUACUGGUCCCAGCCUUUUAUUUAUGUCCAGUAGUAUUUUAUUUUGAAACUGGUUCCGUUUCCUCAACAACUAAGGUGAAAUUUAUGCUCUGAAAUUUCUUCCCUCACCAUCUCCCUGUUACCUUCAGAACACAUCAGUCCUCCUCCUCUUUGAAUGUGCGUUGUUGCCUCUGAUCCUUCUCUGUUCAGAGCCUGCCUUUGACUCACUUUCUGUCUUGUUGUCCCCUUUCCAGUAAAAUUUAAAGUGAUGUCAGUGCCAUGGCAAACUGGUUAGCUCCUGAAAGGUUGACAAAAAUGAUCGCCAGAUUUUGGUUUAUCACCGUGAGGACAUGGGAUUGUCAUACAUCUUAAUCCACCUUUCACACUAGCAUGGCUGAAUUUCUCCUUCCAUUACCCACCAGGCAGAUUCACUGGACACAUUUAUCCCCAACUAAAUCAAAACUAAUUGACAAAAUUCAAAUCUAUUUCCAUAUCCACUGGUGCAGUCAAACCCAUGACCUAGACCAUUCUGAGAUAUGGAUUCGGCCCUGUUUUUUGCAACAAUUACAGUUGCCAGUUCUGAUGUCUUAAAGAGAUCCCAUAACGCUGCCUGCACUUGGAAGCAAUGCAGUUGCAGAUGAUGAGCCUCGAGUUAGUAUUUGGCUGGCUGUCUGCUGCAAUAUUUACUUGAAAGUUUUUAUCUAAGAAAGGGGGAAGGAAUGGUACGGCAGCACAUAUGGUACUGCAGAGCGGUGAGUGAUCCACGUGCAAAUUCCACUCUGCUCAGCUGUCAAUUGCACUAAAUGGUAAAAUAAUAAAGGGAGGGAAGAUGAGGAGAGAUGCCAUCAUGAAAGAAAAUAAUUCUCAAUGUCUCUUUGGUUGAUCAUAUUCAUCCUAACAAGAGCCAAUGCAAGUUAUCUACAAUUAAUAAUCAUAGAUAAGGCAAUCAGAUUUGAGUGAGUCAGAAGAGUUUAAUGGCAGUGUGUUGCAGUAGUUGAGUAAAUGGACUUACUGUGGAACCUGAGUUGGCACUUGUGAAGUUUAGGUCUUUUGUUCAAUCAAGGUGAUAACAGUGACAGCAAAACUUCACAGUCUCAUGCUUAUCAAUUUUUAAGUUAGGGCUUUAUCAGAAAAAUGGAAGCUUGACAUUUCAUAGGUGCCAUUGACCAAACAGUGCAAUGUUCCUUCCUUUAUCCACCUUUAUUUGUGCCUCUACAAUGAUAUUCUUUUUUUACUUAACAUAAAUAAUCGGACCGACCCAGGCAAAGUCUUUAAAAAUAGAUUUCCAUUCCCCUUUUUGUUCCCGUAUUAUUUAUGCUUGAUUUUGAAGGCAAGUAGAAAUGUGAGUUGGCAAUUCAAACCUCAGACCUGUUCUAGAAUUCAGCGAUAUCCUGCCUGAUCUGAAGCAAAUUCAUUUCUUUCAUUGAGUUUUAUGUUGUUAAACUAUUAAGCUUUUGGGAUUAAUUUUUGUACUUACCCCUUCCUCUGCUUCAUUUGGGAUGCUGCUAACAAUAAGCAUCUCAAACCUCGGGUAAGCCUCACCAACAAUGCCCUGACUCUCCAUGCUGUAAUUCUAGGAUCAGGUCAGUUUUAGGGCCCAGGACUCCCCCACAUACAGGCAUUCCCUUACCAGGAGCCUAGAACUGGAAUCAGGGUGGGAGACCAGCACUGUAUGUCUGAGAGUCCACGCUCACUAGUUGGAAGGCAUCCAGCACUGUAGGCAUAUUUGGUGAAAAAAGAAGCUCUUUAACCUUCUCCUUGGCUCCUUCAUUUUCCGUUAUCAGAUCCUCACUGGAAGCUAAGUGGGGUUGUGGCACAGGCCAGGCAUGAUCCAAGUGAAUGUUGGAACACGCUUGAGAAGGUGAAUGGCCGACUCCUGCUUUUGUAUUCCAAUCAGAGCAGGGCCCAAGGCUGCCAUCUUUCAGAACUCUUGCUAAUGGGAAUCCAUUGGGACUGGAUAAGGAAAAUGAGCUGUAACAUAUUGUUUCAUCAUUGUCCCCUGAAAUCCACAGAGAAACCUACAAAUCCCUGGGCAGGGCGAAAUGGACAAUGGUGGAAGUAACAUAAGCCUCUUUUCCUAGCUUUCCUCUACUGAGUACCUGGAACUGAAUAGCCUCUAGGUCACAUCAUUCCCUAUUGUCUCAAAGUUGUGCAUUUUGGACAUUAAAGGACAGUUAUCUUUUGUUUUGAAAGAAUGACAGAAAACUCAAAAAUAAUACAAUGAAAUAACUGGUGAAUUUGAUCAGUUAAUUGCUGGUAUGGUGUAAUUAUUUUCAUUAUGAUAAAGAUAAGAGAUGAACUUAGAAGGAUAUUUUCACUUAGAGAUUCAGCGAAGCAUUGAGUUCAUCGCCACAAGUGAACAUUGAAGGAGGCAGUCACAGUGGUUAAGAGGAAUUAGAUAAACCUGUGAAAAAGCAAACAAAUAAUGGUUAAGAGGCAUAUUAAGUAGAAUGAGAGAUAACAAAGUGUGAAGCUGGAUGAACACAGCAGGCCAAGCAGCAUCU